ACAAAAUAUCGUCAGAAUAUUCAAGAAAAAACAUGCGACCUUACAGUUUGCAAUCUCUAUAUAACGCCACCUUCUUACUCGUUCCUUGAAACCCAAACAUUUAUAUUUAGAAAACCUUUUAUACAUUUCUCUCUAAAAGAAUGACUUCGAUCACUUUAUUGCUUCUAGCCAUUAUAUUGAGUUCUAGAACUUCAGGAGCCACUUCUCGUGGGGGACUCUUUGAAGCUUCUGCUGUUGCGGAGAAACAUGAGCAAUGGAUGGCUCGUUUCCAUCGUGUUUACUCCGAUGAAUCUGAAAAAACAAAUAGGUUUGAGAUCUUUAAGAAGAACUUGGAGUUCGUGGAGAGGCACAACAUGAAUACGAACAUAACGUACACGUUGGAUGUCAGUCAGUUCUCUGACCUCACGGACGAGGAAUUUCGGGCGAGGUACAUGGGGCUGGUGGUUCCUGAAGAUAUGCUAAGAAUUUCAUCGUCAGGUUCGCACAAAAAGGUGUCGUUUAGACAUGAAAAUGUCAGUGACACUGGCGAGAACAUGGAUUGGAGACAGGAGGGGGCGGUUACCUCCGUUAAGAACCAAGGCCACUGUGGAGUCUGCUGGGCUUUCUCGGCGGUGGCAGCCGUAGAAGGCAUAACACAGAUUGCGAAAGGAGAGCUCCUAUCGCUAUCGGAGCAGCAGUUGUUGGAUUGCAGCAGAGACUACAACCAAGGAUGUGCGGGAGGGAUAAUGUCCAAGGCUUUCGAGUACAUAAUCGAAAACCAAGGAAUCACAACAGAAGAUAACUAUCCUUACCAGGAGUCACAACAAACAUGUUCAUCAACCUAUUCCGUUGCUGCUACCAUCAGUGGAUACGAGACGGUUCCAAGUAAUGACGAGCAAUCAUUGCUAAAGGCAGUAUCUAAACAGCCUGUUUCAGUGGCGAUAAAUGGCCACGAGCCUGCGUUUAAGCAAUAUCGGAGUGGCAUAUUUGACGGAGACUGUGGGACGCAACUGACUCAUGCCGUUACAGUAGUUGGUUACGGGAUGAGUGAAGAAGGGAUUAAGUAUUGGUUACUGAAGAAUUCAUGGGGACGAACUUGGGGAGAAAAUGGUUACAUGAGAAUCAAGAGAGAUGUGGAUGCACCCGAAGGAAUGUGUGGUUUGGCCCGUCUUGCUUUCUAUCCACUUGCAUGAAUUCGAAUAAUGCAUUUUGGUCCCACGUUUUCGUUGUAGUCAUAUCUAUUUUGAAAGUUAUGUUGUUGGAAGCAUGUAUUACGUUACUGUAAUCGCCAAAAUAAAACAAAAGGCUGUCAGGGGUAAUUGAACUCAGCACCUCCAGCCCUAGUAAUUUCUUUUAAAA